AUGCUAGCCACACGCAAUUUUUCUACUGGUCGGGGUACCGUUCCAGGAAGUCAUACUUCUGUAACUAAGAAGUCUAAUGAUGGUAUUAAAGAAUCAUCUGACAGCUCUACUGCAGUAAUGGAGGACUCAGCUGAUAUAAAAAGCAAAAAGCAGGACAUCAUCCGGGCAACAGAACAACUAUUGGCUGCUGCUGCAGCUGGUGACUUCGAACUCUAUCUUAAAUUUUUGGAUUCUCAAUUCACCUAUUUCGGUCCAGAAGCAUGUGGGAAUUUACUCGAAGGAGCUGAUUUCCAUAAGUUUUACUUUGAACAAAUCAUUCCGAAAUCAGUUGUUCGUGCUAUUCAUACCAGUAUACUGAAUCCGACUGUACAUUUAAUGGGUGAAGAUGCAGCUUGUAUUGCCUACACAAGACUUACUCAGUUCCUAGAUAAAUGUGGUAUGCCCCAUACACAACAAACAGAAGAAACCCGUGUUUGGGUAAGACGUAAUGAUCGUGGCUGGCAGAAUGUCCAUGUACAUCGUUCUUGUUUAUCAGCAGGCUCAGGUGGUGGUGGAUUCGCAAAUAUUAGUACAACUGGAUCAGCUAGUUUCAACUAUCCACUUUAGAGUCAAAAUAAUAUUGCUCAGAUCAUGAGAGAUAUUGAAACAAGGAAGUAUAUGUAUACAUAUACUAUCAGAAAUUUUAUGCUUUAAUAUUGAAUCAAUUCCGUUUGUCUUUUUGCGUAUUUUUUCUUUCUUAAAAUUUCAACAUGCAAUUUAUCCAA